AUGCCACUGCUAAGACAAUCUCUUAUAGUUACAGAUUUGUUCAAAGGGCCUGAAAAGAAAGAAACGUUGUAUCAAACCGCAUAUUCUCCCAUUUCAGCUGGUCAGUCGGUAUCAAUCCGCCGCUUCAAUGUGACCGUAGUAGCUCCGCCCACAUCAGGGGCGGAUGACGUCACACACGAUAUGGGCGGUCCUGGCUGUCCGGAGAUACUCUCGUCCCCUGCGAGUGGCAGGCACAGAGCCGGAGCUCACGGCCCAUUCGCUACUGGUCAGUCGGUAUCAAUCCGCCGCUUCAAUGUGACCGUAGUAGCUCCGCCCACAUCAGGGGCGGAUGACGUCACACAUGAUAUGGGCGGUCCUGGCUGCCCGGAGAUACUCUCGUCCCCUGCGAGUGGCAGGCACAGAGCCGGAGCUCACGGCCCAUUCGCUAGUAUCCCCGAAGACCACGCCCUAGAUGACCCUCCACCACUUCAACCUCCUUCGGGAGGCGGGGGCCAGCGAUCUAGGGGCGGGAGUAGAUGUGCCUCGCCGGCGCCGUCGUGGGACUUCAGUUUGGAGGAGAGCAGCGAUUCGGUAGAAUACUUUGAUCACUGGUGGAAUCUAGCAAACUUAACAAAAUUGGAUUAUAAAUCUGAAAAUAAGAAAGUAUGUAGAAGAAUGAAACACAAACUGAUUGCAGCACUGCUUAUGAAGAACAUCUCGUUGCCAGACUUGAGUCCCAUCGUUCCUGGCCCCACAGCAUCUGCUACUACAUUCACAAGCGAGAAUGCCCCACUCAUAAUCCCAAAGCCCAGACCACUCACAUAA